AUCUGUUGCCACCAUUUUGAUACCACGAGAAGAGGAAGAUGGCAAACAGAAGAUUUUCAACAAUUCCUUAUGCCUUCAGGAGCUGCUAUCAAAUUUUGCAAACAUCUCAUAGAUUCUGCUACAGGAAUUUGAGUGCUUUUGUAGAAACAAAGGUGGCUUGUUUGCAUCACACUAACUUGCCAAUUCGACGGGCGUCUCAUGGUUUAGUUACUCGGGAGCACGGCAACAUAAGGAUUGUCUGCAGCGUACUCAGCAAGAAUCGAGACAAUUCAAUAUUGGGAAGUACUGAAGCUUAUUAUAAGGAAAAAUUAGAUAACUAUGAAAUUGAACUUGGAUAUAGCGAUGGACUAAGUGGAGCAACGACAUUAGAACAUCCACCAGAGCUCUCUAUUUAUGUACCUUCCACUGAGAUCGCUGCAGAUGAAUUUACAAAAUUGCCUUUGAAAUGUCGAAGUUGUGGGGCUUUCAUGCAGACCCAAGACACAGUUGUGAAAGGGUACAUAUCCCCAAAAAAGCUCCCCUCUUUGCUUAACAACAAUUUCGAGGAGUUGAUUUGCUCUAACUGUUAUUUUUUAAAAUAUGCUAACAAAUCAUUGAAUGUUGGAAUAGACAGAGAUAAUGUUUAUUGGCAAUUUAGUCAUAUGGUAGACAAACCAGCGUUGAUUUUGUAUAUUGUUGAUUUGAUGGACAUGACGGGAUCAGUACUGCCAGAAAUUAUGGAUCUGAUUGGGAAAAAGAAGAAUGUAAUUGUUGUUGGAAAUAAAUUAGAUAUGCUUCCAAGUGAAAGUGAUAAACCAAGAAAACAAGAGCAUGAUACAAUGAAGAUUUUGAGAAAUUUCUGUUUGAAAGAGGGUCUAGACGAAUCUGUGUUAAAAGAUGUAUGUUUAGUGAGUGGACUUACAGGCUACGGAAUUGAGAAAUUAGUAGUACUCAUAAAUAAGCACAGGGAGGUAGAUAUGAACUUAUAUGUUGUGGGAAGCACAAAUGUUGGGAAAUCAACAAUUUUCAAUGUUUUGCAGAAUUUAUGUUCUAUCAGCAAAGAUGCAAACAUCCCAACACAGGCAAUUACACAUUAUUUACCAGGAACAACAUCUGGUUUAGUAAGACAUCAAUUUGCAUUUUGGAGAAUGAAGAAAGUCAGAAGAAUGUUCCUAGAAGCACCACCUAAGGAGAAAGAUUUGGAGGAAACACAGUUUGAAUUUGUGGAUGAUAUAAUAAAGGAGGUGAAGCCAAGCAAAUUUAAAGAUAUUCAAAGUGAUUCACAAGAUGAAAAUUCUGUAGACCUUCUGGUGCAAGAUGGAUUUUCAGAACUGGUUGAUCUACAUUCACUGGAAAAAGAAAAGCGAUGGAUGUAUGAUACCCCUGCAUUAAUGAAUAGCAACCAGAUUACUCAGUUUUUGACACACAAGGAAUUGAAAUUCUUGAAACAUCGUCUUUGGGUUGUCCCAAGAACAUUUAUCAUGAAGCCUGGUAGAUCACUACUGCUUGGAGGACUGGCAAGGAUAGAUUACUGCAGCGUGACCAGAAAGUCCCAAGAUGAUCCUUCACAAGAGGAGGAGGUUCUUAAGGCAAGCCAAUCGGUGUUUUUAACUGUGUUCUGCAGCAAUAACAUCCCGAUUCACCCAACGAGUUCCGAAAGAGCUGAAUCGAUGUUGGAGAGAAAUUAUGGAAAUCAUCUGCUCAAGAUUCCAUUUGAUGACGUGAAUAGACAAGGGAAAUUUCCAGCCUUGGAGCCAAAAAAUUAUGAAAUGGCUGGAGCUGGAUGGGAAAGGAGUGUAGUAGAUCUCUGCAUCGCUGGUUUGGGAUGGAUUGCGGUGACGGCUGGAAAAGGCUUGAUACUCAAGAUUAAUCUUUAUACGCCGAAGAGUAUUGGUCAACAAGUUAGAGAUGAAUGUUUGAUGCCAAAUAGCGUUACAAAGAGAGGUGAAAGAGGGGUUCGUUAUGCUGGACAGAUGAACCGAAACAUUUAUGAAUGCACAAGAAAAGGGAAUCCACAGCUGAUCAAAGCUUUUGAUGGACAGAAUGAAAUAACAAAUGCUUGGUUCCGAAAGAUAGAAGAGAAGCAGAAGUUGCAGCGUUUUGAAAGGAAAACCGAACGACAGAGGCUGUUACUUGCUCAAGGACGGAAAGGCAAAAUGCGCGAACUGUCUGAGAAAGUAGAUUUUAUUGAGAAAGAGGCUAUGAAACUAAAGGAACUGGAAGCUGGCAAGCAGUGAGGUAUGAAUCCUGUUUGUCAACUCUGUUGAACACGCGUCAGUUUAUUUCAAAUCCGUUUUGUGAUUGUUACGUUAGCAUUAAUAUUCUGGUAACUUUUUAUAAGAAUUAAACUUUUCUGGUAGCCUUUAAAAACUAUUCUAGACUAUCAAAUGUUGCCCUUUGAUUUUAUCUAUUUUUAUUUUGAUCUGUUAAGACAAGACCUGGCGAACUCUGUAACAACAUGUAGUUUAUCGAGCCUUUGAAUAGAAAAAGAGGAACAUGGAUUUGACAAGCAAAGGCGUGAAAAAACCAUUCAAACCAUCUGAGAUGCGACUGACUGUACCUAAAAUUUGGACCACUGAAACUUCUCGAAUGUCAAAUGAUUCCAGAGUCAUAUUAUUUAGAUUUCGAGUUUCUG